UACAAUUUUAACUCGCACUUAAACACUACAUAUAUACCAUAAACAGAAAAAACAUGACUCCUGCUAAACUCUCUCUUAUUCCUUUCACUAUUCUUUCAAUCUUCUUCUUCUCUUUCACUCAAGGAGCCAACUUCGAUGUCAUAAACCAAUGUCCAUACACAGUGUGGGCCGCUGUCUCAACUGGUGGAGGUAAACAGCUUGAAACAGGUCAAUCAUGGCAAGUCACAGUUGCACCAGGAACACCUAAAGCUCGUAUCUGGGGAAGAACAGGUUGCAACUUUGAUGCAAAUGGAAGAGGGAAAUGUGAUACAGGCGACUGUAAUGGAAUGCUUGAAUGUAAUGGUUAUGGAGCACCACCCAAUACCCUAGCUGAGUUUGCUCUUAACCAAUUCAACAACGAUGACUUUGUUGACAUAUCUGUCAUCGAUGGGUUCAAUAUUCCGAUGGAGUUUAGCCCAGUUGGUGCUUCAUGCAAGACUAUGAGGUGUGCUGCUGAUAUAAAUGGUCAGUGCCCUGAACAAUUGCGAACUAAGGGAGGAUGUAAUAACCCAUGCACGGUUUUUAAUACUAUUGAGUAUUGUUGCACCAUUGAACGUGGUAGCUGUGGACCUACUGAGUAUUCUAAGUUCUUUAAGGAUAGGUGUCCUGAUGCUUAUAGCUACCCUCAAGAUGAUGAGUCUAGUUUGUUUACUUGCCCUGGUGGAACUAACUACAAGGUUGUGUUUUGUCCAUGAUCGAAGUCUUUCUAUGUAACUUUCAACUUUGAAAGAAUAAGUUUACAUUAAUAAGGAGGGUGUCACCUCAUUGAGUGUCACUUUUUCUAGGUUGUUAUUAAAGAAUAAGGAUAGUUAGUGUUAUCCAUAUUGAAUCUGUAUUAUGAGAAAUUCUGAUUGUGCUAUAUAUUUAUGUUUUACAACC